UUCCCACCCAUACCCCAAUAUUUAGCUCGCUCGUCUUCUAAACCCCUCAAAUCCUCCGUCCUCGUUCAUUUAUUUCGACUCUCAUCUCAUCAUUUCACUCAUUGAAAACCCAACCCGGUCCAAUUAGACCGGCCGAAAUAAAUCCAACCCGGUUCAACCGGUGCUUUUUUGUCAAUUUUCCGGUGGAGCUGGGUGGGAGUUGGUUGAUAGACGGCGUCGUAUCUGUUUUUUUUUCCUUUUCAUUAGAUGACGUCGGGGACGAGGCUUCCGACAUGGAAGGAAAGAGAGAACAACAAGCGGAGAGAGCGGCGGCGGAGGGCGAUCGCCGCCAAGAUCUUCGCCGGACUGAGGAUGUACGGGAAUUAUAAGCUCCCCAAGCAUUGCGAUAAUAACGAAGUCUUGAAAGCUCUCUGUAAUGAAGCCGGUUGGGUCGUUGAAGAAGACGGCACCACUUACAGAAAGGGAUGCAAGCCUGCUGAACGCAUGGAUAUUAUUGGUGGUUCUGCAACAAUGAGCCCUUGCUCAUCAUACCAACCAAGUCCUGGCGUAUCAUACAACCCAAGUCCUUCGUCAUCAUCCUUCCCAAGCCCUGUUUCAUCCCAUUAUGCUGCCAAUGCAAAUGGUAGUGCUGAUGCUAAUUCCCUCAUACCUUGGCUUAAAAAUUUAUCAUCCGGCUCAUCACCUGCUUCAUCCAAGCUCCCACACCAUCUUUACAUCCCCAGUGGCUCUAUAAGCGCUCCAGUCACCCCUCCUUUGAGUUCUCCUACUGCCCGGACCCCACGGAUGAAAGAUAAUUGGAAUGAACAAAUAGGUGGUUCAGUGUGGGGACAGCAAUACGCCUUCUUACCCUCAUCUACCCCCCCCAGUCCCGGUCGUCAGACUCCCCCUGAUUCAGGGUGGCUGUCUGGUGUUCAAACUCCCCAAGAUGGGCCUUCAUCUCCAACCUUCAGCCUUGUUGCAUCAAAUCCAUUUGGCAUCAAAGAGCCACUUUCAAAUGGAGGAUCCCGCAUGUGGACUCCAGGGCAGAGCGGAGCAUGCUCCCCAGCUAUUGCAGCUGGUUUUGAUCAAACUGCUGAUGUCCCCAUGGCUGAUGCUGUUUCUGCUGAGUUUGCAUUUGGCAACAGUACCAAGGGACUGGUCAAGCCGUGGGAAGGGGAGAGGAUACAUGAGGAAUUCGUAUCCGAUGAUCUUGAGCUUACCUUAGGGAACUCUAAAACCAGGUAAGUGGUACAAGAUUGUUCAACUGUGGCAGCGUAUCACAUAAAUUUCAUGUGACAUGUUAACAAAUUGUUUUGAUGUUGCAGAUAGGGAGUGAGUUUUAUGCGGAACAGAAUAUCAAUCUGUCAGUAUGUGUGCAUGAGCUGAUGUCCUUUUAGCAAAGAUGAAGUGAUUAUCUGUGUCAAUACUUCUGAAGGAUUAUUAAUUGGUGGAAUCAGUGAUGUUAUAAUGUAGAAUAGCGGAAAUAUUCUUUUUUUUUUCCAUUUAUUUUUUUAGAUCUUUUUCACUAUCUUAGAUAGUAAAGCUCAGUAUAAAUAGAUAUUCCAUGAGUGGCUCUUGAACUUUUUCCACCCAUUUUUC